AUGAUCCGAUCACAAGAGCUGUAUGGAUCAUAUCAGGAACGGCAGUUCACGACUGAUGCAGCCUUUGCCACGCCAUUGCACGUGGCUCCGAAAGGUCCAAGAAGUGGUAUAAAAAUAUACAUAGAUGAAAUACGACCAAAGGCCGAGUUCCGAUCGAUAUUCUUUCCCCUUCAGCUCUCAAACUCAGAGCCCGGCCGGAGAGAUGCUUUUCAACUUUAUGGCGAUCUGUACGAAUGGCAACGUGGAACCAUUGACAAGGCUAUAACCAUGACCUUGCUGUCGUUCCUCAGCCAGCAUGAGCUAUGCUCCAGAUUCUGCCGUCAUCCGAGACCGGGCUCAAUGCUGAGGCUCCGGAAAUUGAUGAUAUCGCAGAAGCUGACGGGGAAGGAGACAUUGGAGUUGGGAAAGAAAGAAAGAAAGGAAUGGCGGAGGACAGCAACAGCACGAUCUGGCCGGGCCGCGCGGGCGAGGACCCCAAUGCGGAGGCCCGCACUUUUCGGAGAGACAGAGACAGAUCGCAUCAUUCGCAUGACACCUGAUCCCGACCAGCGUCGUGCAAGGUACCACCUGAACCGCACCUGGAAACACGGCCACGGCCCACCGGCAACGAGCACCUCAUGCGACGAGGCUGAGCGCAAUUUCUGA